AUGGAGUCUUCUUGGCAUGAAAAUUUACCAGCAACUAGAAUGAAGGCAAUAGAUGAGCUAGUUAGAGGUCAAGAAAUUGCAAAACGUCUUAAACUUGUUAUGAACAGAUCCACAGGGGCUGAUGGGUAUCUUUCUGCCGGGGAUCUUGUCAUGGAAAUCAUGAAUUCUUUCAAUAGUACUCUUUCUAUAUUAAAAAGAGGUGAAUUUGAUGAGUUUGUCUCUCAAAUCCCUGCAAAUACACAAAUGGGUUCACCUUGUUGGGAUGGCCGGAAGUCGGAGGAUUCCGGGGAGAGUGGCAGGAGUACUACUGCCACGUUGAAGGUAAAGGACAGGAGAGGAUGCUACAAGAGAAGAAAAAAUUCUCACUCAUGGAUGAACGAGGCCUCUGCUCUAACCGACGACGGCCAUGCAUGGAGGAAAUAUGGGCAGAAACUGAUCCUGAAUGCUAAAUAUCCAAGGAGCUAUUUCAGGUGCACUCACAAGUUUGAUCAACAUUGUCAAGCAACCAAACAAGUGCAAAGAGUUCAAGAAGAACCCCCUUUAUACCGCACAACAUAUCAUGGGCAUCACACAUGCAAGAAUUUGCUGAAGGCUUCUCAUUUUGUCUUGGAUCCAAUUGAUCAACACCAUAAAGAUUCUUCCAUACUUCUAAGCUUUAACAACAACAAGAACAACGACGAAAACAAUACUAAUCACCUCACAAGCAAACAAGACAAUCUCCUUUUCCCAUCCUUCCAAUCAAUAAAGCAGGAACCUUGCAAGAAGGAGGAAAGUAAUCUUAUUGACAUGCCGAUUAGUCAUGAUCAAACGACCCACAAUAAUCAAGCACCAUCUUCUGAUUAUCUCUUGUCGCCCGAAGAUCAUGAUCACAUGUCUACAUUUGAUCAUGGGGAUGUGAUUUCUGGGGUCAACUCAUCUUGCACCACUAGUUCACAUAGUUUGGACGUGGAUCGUAUCAUUGGGGGAUCUGCUGAUUUCUCUUCAACCCUCGUGGAAAUGAAACCAAACAGACAAGCAACAGUUCAGAAGCAUCUCAAUCUCAGAUUGGUUAAGCAUCUUGUUUCAAGAACUGAACAGCCAUCACCAUCGUCAUUGUUCUCAACUACUGCUACUGCAAACCUUCAAUACAACUCUUUUACAGUCUCUUACCUCAUUAGGAAUUGUGGGUUUUCAUUAAAAAGUGCAUUAUCUGCUUCUAAUUAUCUCCACUUUGAUGGUCCUGAUAAACCUGAUGCUCUCAUUAACUUGUUUAAAUCCCAUGGUGCUUCUGGCCCAAUUCUUGCUGAACUGUCAUUGCCCCAAUCAAAUAUUGUUUGGGCACUUGGUUCUAGGCCUGGAGUAUUUGUUGCAAGUUUCGAGAGGUUUAAAGGGAUCGUUGAGGAAAUUAAAGAAAUGGGUUUAAAUCCUUGGGAGUUGUGUUUUGUUAAGGCUGUGAUAUCUAUGAAUAGAAUUAGCAAAGCUACUUGGGAAAAGAAGGUUGAUGUGCACACGAAAUGGGGUUGGACAGUGGAAGAAAUUCUUGCUGCAUUUAAGAAAUUUACUAACUGUAUGAAUAUUUCUGAGGAUAAAAUUAUGGCAACUACGGAUUUUUUUGUCAAUAAACUGGGCUGCCAGUCUUCUGUUAUUGCCAAACACCCUGUUCUUCUCGGGCUGAGUUUGAAUAAGAGAGUCAUUCCUACGGCCUCCGUCAUUCAAUUUCUCAUAUCAGAAGGUUUGCUCAAGAAUGACUACUCUUACACACCUACUGUCUUUACGGGUACUGAAGAGCAUUUCCUGCCGAAGUAUGUGAAUUGCUAUGACAAAGCACCUCAGUUAUUGGAGUUGAUGGUCUUAUCAUCAACAUUUCAAUGUGUUAAUGUUGUAAUGGAUGUUUUGCCUGGAGAUCAACCUCAAUCUAAAAAUGGUCACUCUAGUUAUGACCAUUAA